UUGUGUGAAAACGGACAUGGCGUACUAUGUAGGCCGAUGGUGUCUUCCUAUCAGGGGACCAACUGGAUCGAUCGAGAGCAGGACGAGACGUGCAUACAAUGUGAAACAGGAAAGAACAGUGGGCAACGCCAAUGGUACGAGUCCUCUGGAUAAUAUGAGAAGUCUGGAACACUACUUGAACGACCUGAUGCGCGGCGCAGGGGAUACACCAGACCACCUGAAAGGAUUUAUCAACUGUAACACGAACGCACUUCAGUCUCUAGCCCAGCUGCAUGGCAAGUCACCAUUCUUCCCUGGGUUGGAGGAACAAGCAGCAUUGCUGGAGGAUCCAGCUACACAUCUGGUAGAUGGUCAAGUGCUGCCUCAAGCUGCACCCCCACUCAGCUCUCCUUCACGCUCAUCCCCACAUAGCCAGGGGUCAGAGACAGGAGAACGCUACUCCAGGAAGGUCUUUGUUGGUGGCCUGCCUCCUGAUAUUGAUGAAGAUGAAAUCACGGCUAGUUUCCGUCGCUUUGGCCCUUUGGUAGUGGAUUGGCCUCACAAGGCUGAAAGCAAGUCUUACUUUCCUCCCAAGGGUUAUGCCUUCCUGUUGUUUCAGGAUGAAAGCUCAGUGCAACAGCUGAUUGAUGCCUGCAUUCAGGAUGAUGACAAACUCUAUCUGUGUGUUUCAUCACCGACAAUAAAAGAUAAGCCUGUGCAGAUCCGACCUUGGCGACUCUCUGAUGCUGACUUUGUGCUGGAUGCUUCCAUGCCACUGGACCCACGCAAAACAGUAUUUGUGGGUGGAGUACCACGCCCUUUGAAAGCAGUGGAGUUGGCGAUGAUCAUGGACCGUUUAUAUGGCGGCGUGUGCUAUGCUGGCAUUGACACUGACCCAGAGUUAAAGUACCCAAAAGGAGCUGGUCGAGUAGCAUUCAGCAAUCAACAGAGCUACAUUGCAGCCAUCAGUGCUCGUUUUGUGCAGCUGCAACAUGGUGAUAUAGAUAAGAGGGUGGAGGUUAAGCCAUAUGUGCUGGAUGACCAGAUGUGUGAUGAGUGCCAGGGUCAACGCUGUGGAGGCAAAUUUGCACCUUUUUUCUGUGCUAAUGUGACUUGUCUUCAGUACUACUGUGAACACUGCUGGGCUACCAUUCAUUCCCGGCCUGGACGCGAGUUCCAUAAGCCACUAGUGAAGGAAGGGGCAGACCGCCCACGGGCUGUCCCAUUCCGCUGGUGUUAACGUCGGAGCGCUUUAGCUCAUAACGAUCGAACGGCCCUGGAGACAGUGUGUAGACAGCCUGGGAAGAUGGGUGGUGUGGCACCAACAUCCAUCGCUUUGCUGCAUUCAACAUUUUAUGCAGCAGCAAGUCGUCACGGGGCGUUCAACAGAACUUGGCAACUAGGAAAUUUGAUAGCAAGUGCGUCGUUUUGUCGCCUCAAAACCACCAUCACGAUAACAACUGUAGGCUAGCUGUUUUCAUCGCUGUUUAUAUAUAUAGAACAUAAUUAUAUAGUUAUAUAUAUAUAUAUAUAUAUAUCUAUACAUAUAUGGUAUGUAACCACACAUUCUUAAAAUAUCUUUUUUAAAGAAUGAAUUCUUCAAAAUGUAGCAUGAUUGAGCAGAUUGUCCAUUAGAUAACUUAUUCCUUUUAAUUAUGCACUGGUUCGCAUGAGGCAAACUAAAAUUCCUGUUGUGGCCACCGAUGAUGGUAUCAUAGGUAUGUAGCAGUUGUAACAGUGUGAUUUCUUAGCAUCUCUGCCAAUUCUUCACACAGAAUUUUUGUAAAUUUUCAGGGUAUUUGUAAAUAUGCAUUAAUAGUUCAAUCUACUUUUCUAUCAGGCGUACAGAGUGCGUAACAAGGCAUGUAAUUAACAAACUUGCCAAUUAUCUAGCCUCCUCCAUACUUUCCCUUGACCUUGUAAUUUUCAUACCUCCUUGGUGUAAAUAGUCGUUGUAAAAUAUACCGGUAGUUAUUCAGUACAUUAAUUUGUUUCAUAUUGAGAAGUGUAUCUUCCAUAUUUAUUUUUUGGGUCUCGUUUUUGUACAUAAUGAAUUUUUGCCACAGACGGAUAUCUGCCGCUACAAAGGCUCGUAUUGCUACUGACCAACAAAUGGUCAGUUGGUUGCUGGGCUGCAGCCUGUUACAUACUUUUGAUACAUUUCCUAGGUAAUGAACUGCAUAAUUUACACAUUUAUUACAAUGUUUGUAGUCUCUUUACCAAAAGCAUUGGCAGAGAAUCUAGAAAAAGAAACAAACUUGACUUUUGUAGCUUCGUUGUGCACACACAUUUUAUAAAAAGUACAUUUGUCAUAAAUUGAUCUGUAUAUUUGUCUCAGCUUGUUUGUUAUCCAUUCAACCUUUAGGAAUACUGAUUCAUUGCCCCUGUUUAAAAAUUUUCCUAUUGAUCAAGUGAUGGUGACAAUUAAGAAACAAAAUCUGCCUUGCAGUAAAACAUCUCUUGACCUUUCUUGACAGAAUUAAAUCCAUACAGAGCACUGUGUAGUCAUUUGCCUUGUGGCUCAUUCUUACUGUGAAAAUAUAAAAUUGUCCAUAUUUUAGAUGUCAACCCAUAGGUAUCACUCAGGCUGUUCCUUCACAGUCCAAUGUAGACUACGUACCAUGUGCGUAUUGUAACUUAGCGUAAUGUAUUGUAGGUUUACUCAUGCCACCUGUACCUUCUUUUCAAAGACUGGUAUAGUGCACUUGAGAUGGAUCUAUUUGUAUCAUCAAUGACAGUACAUUUUUAUUCUGGCAUUAAUAUGAAGUGUAUGCCCAUGUAUGUUUGCUCAUGAUUUGCUAUUUCUGACAUGUGAUAAUGAUCCUAGACAUCAUUUAUACAUGAAGAUGUAGGUAGAUGUCUUGUGUCAGACAUGGAGUCACCAUUUUAUUCACUUGACUAUAACCUCAAUGUUUCCAGUCUGUGUGCAUGUCUUACUUCAGCUGGCAGUGAUCUCCAUGUUGUGUCAUGUUGUCACUUACCUCAGCUGAGCUAAAUGUUCAAGUAUAUGCUCUUGCCCUCCUGUGAAGGGGAAGAAGCAAGGAGGGAGGGCAGGACUGUCCUGUUAUUUUACUUAGUCCUCCAUUUCAUUGUGUCAGUCAACCCAUGCGUGCUUGUUUUAUACAGGAGGUGUUAGGUGUAAAGGGCACUUUACAUAACAAAGCCCACCUUCUUGUAAUCUGUGUGAUAAAAAGUGUAGGUACUUUGCACGAAUGUAGUCUUUUUCAAUAGAUUUGUAUUUUUGAGUGUUAAAGUUUUUUAUACAGCUGUUGUUAUCUUAGUUAAGGGCAAGAUGUAAACAUGUGAAGGGAUACUCGGAGAGGCCCGUCAGGUACAGAUUUGACCCUCUAGUUUUCUAUUUUUCUUCCCCUUUUAAAAUUUAUGGUUCCUUGUGCAGGUGGAUGAGACAAGGCUGGAGCUGGUCAGUAUUAGGGCAAAGCCUCCACGGGAGAUAAUAUCACUCCUGAUGGCUGUCUGGCCAGCCAUCCAAGGUCAAACCUUGCAGCUCCCAUCUACUCGGCAUGGUAUCGUGAUUUUGCCCUGUCUGCCCAGUCCAAUUGGUAUGAGCAGAUGGUAGCACCUGACAGACAUUCUCACUUUGCUCGUCAUGUUUAUAACAUUUGCACGUGAUCUCCCCAUACCAAAGAAAAUGUGAAACAUGGAUGUAAAGAUGCUACUUGGUCUGAAGUGCCCAGUGUACUUUUCUAGGGCAAGUCAGAUUUCUAAACAGAUUUUUUCCUUUUCUAAUUUUACAUAGAUACCUAAAAAAUAUAAAUAUAAAUUGCAAUGUUUUCCAUAGUUGUUGUCUAUUGUAGUGCAAAACAGGGCAAAUUGCAAACUGUUAAUAAUCUAUUGUACCAAAGUUUGGUGCACUUACCUAAACACAGCCUUGGGUUAUGAUUGUUAUUCAAAGGCCCUUUUUUCACCUGUCCAAAUGAGGUUUUCAAUUUGAAACCCUACAUUCAAUUCUGUUUAAAUUUAAAUAGUAGCACUUGUGCACGUAGGGUUUGCCUGGGUAGUUCUCUAGUCAUUGGUAUUGUAGAGGGGCUUUGGUCUUGGCAUAGAAAUGUUCUGGUUCCUAUCACGGGGAAAUAGGUAACUCUCAUUGACAUAACCAACUACCAUUUUGGUACAAAUAAUUAUUCAUUUUAUAUCACAUUGUUUGUAAAAGAAAUAUAACUUACCCCCUUUUGUACUGUUUAUAAUGCUUUGAAUUCCAAGGGAUCACCAUGAUUUUGCAUAAAGAUAUAUGUAUUGACUUCUAAACUGUGUCUCUUGGAUCUCUGUUAGCUGUUGUAAAAUUUGUUGUAGGUGUCAGGGAAGAAACAAUUAUCAUCAUUUGGUGCCAUCAGUUGGGGGGUGUAGGAAGGUGUACAGAGUUUUAGUUUUUUAAACAGAAUUAGUUCCAGCAAGUAAUAGAAAUCUUGCUUCUAAUUUUAGAUUUUUCAAUAUGACAUUUUUCAUGCUGAUUUUAAAUGUUAAAUAGUUACAUGUGUUUUUAAAUAUUUAUUCAAUUCUAAUGAUUGAAUAUGUUUUAUGGUAUUUUAACAGUUUAUUUACUUUCCUUAACUAGUUACAUUGUACUUUGUUUUAAUGAGUUUUUAUGUUUUAUCGUUCUGUGUUUGAUGUGCGUUAAGCCUCAUGAUAUGCAUGGCAAGAUGUGAUCCUAAGAGUUAAUUUGUAGUUGCAGCCAACAUAAUGUUCACUGCUUAGCAGCUGGCAACUCCUCGGUGCUUAGCGGCAACUUGCUGGGCUUUCUAAAUUGGACUGCGAUGUGAGGCAGAGGGUGGGGAAGUAGGAAAUACAUUGAAGAUGACUGUCUUCUUCAGACUCAUCGCUAUGAGAACCUUGAAUCCUACAGGAAAUACAGUAGUGGUCUUCAAGUUUAAUACUUGCAGUACACACUGGUAUCUCCUACUUCGUGAGAGGCCAUCUUUUAAGUAGUAUAGGGUAGGCUUGGAGACCUCUAAGGAAUGUUUGUCAGUCAGUCAGUCACCCACCUUCUGAAGGAGGGAUAAAGACGGUCAGAUGAUAGGCUGGCCUAAUAUACUGUAUCUUUUCUACAAAUAGAAUACCACAAUUUAAAUAUAAAAAAUACAGUUGAUGUUAUGUGAUAGUUGUAUUUAAUACAAAAUCUACACGUGAUUAUUUUGUAGCCUUGGGUAACUUAUUUAACACUUAGCACUAUAUUUAACUUUUUUAAUAAGACUUCGUAAAAUUGUAUAAAAUAUUCCAGUGUGAUGAUUCCAUGUAUUCUAUUGUAACCAGUCGAUAACUUUCAUAGUUUUGCCUCAGCAGCACAAACACCAAAAGUACAGAUUUCUACGUGUCACGAGGUGCAUGAAAUUGGCCAUUAGAGGCAUUAUUAUGGGCAUCCUCAGAGGUAAACAAGUUUUAGUGCGUAGAAAUGGAAAAUGGCAGUAUAUUUGCAAGUCUGAAACUUGAACAUUUGUAUUAAAUUAAUAUUUUAAUUUUACAGAAAGGCUUUUGACAAUUCAGGAAGCAUUAAUCCAAGUAAAAUAUUUAUAGUGAUUCAUUCUUUAUCCUGUAAACUGGUUUGUGCUGUAUUAAUGUUUGCAUAAAAAACUACUCCUGUAUCAUAUGGUAAAACCCACCAUGCCUGUCUGUUUGGAUCCUGGACACUCGGGCAGCAACAUUGGUCUGUAGUACAUGUGAAAGGUGCACAGGGUAUAUCACCUUUCAUGGCAAAAUCAUAUAGGAAAAGUCGCUCACAUAUAAAAUAAGUAAUGAAAUGGUAAUGCUUUAAUCAUUUUAUGAAUACUAAAUCUUUCUUUGGCCUUAUAAUGUGCUACUGUGGAAAUGGGAUGUUAGUAACAAGUGGUGCUGAAUUUAGUCACAGGGAAGUGGGAGGGGACAAAUUGUGGACACUGGAAAUUUCUAGCAUUGUACAUUCAGUUCCAGUUAAAUUAUUGUCACAAUGUGGCAUCCUUAGAGUACCUGAUUUGGCUAUUUUGAAAUUGAUGCAUAACGUUAAUACUUGUCCCACCUUCCUGUGGUUCUGUCAAAGAGGUUUGCAUAUCCUGUGUACACGAUUCCAAUAGCAUUUUGUAAUAAUUCUGGAUUGUAAAUGUGAAUAUCUAUUUUCGUAUCCCAGCAAAAACUAAUAAAAAAAUUGUUAUGAGCAGCUGCAAAAUUCAAUUUGAGUAAUGCUGAUCAGGAAAGGGGCAUGGAAGAGUACCCAGUCAUAUAAAUUAAUGUCCAUCUUUGUCCUGUACAUGUUUUAUUAAUUAUUAGCCAAUAAGAUGGUUAUAUUCAUCCAAAAACUACAUGGUGCUUCAUUUAGAUUGUUAUAUAUUUUUAUGUUUUUUUAUAUAUUUCAAAUAAAAAUUAGUUACUUUCACACAAUAAUUCUCAAUAUCAAAUAGCGAAGCUGGAUGUCAGUAAUCUGGAGCAUAUAUAAAGACUUUUUUUUAAGUUUCUCGUUACAGUUAUUAAUACUAGUUAUAAAUAAUGUGCAGUAUUAUUGUAUACUGAAUUAUUCUCAUGUUUAAAAAAAUGGUCCCUUCUUUGGGUAUAUGUGGGAAAUUUUUGUAUGGUUUGCAGUGUUUCUAUCCUGCAGUGAUUUUUGUACUAUUCAACUCCCAUCCUUUUCAUGCUGACAUAACAGCUGCCUUAGUCCUGAUGCCAUGGGCACUAUCUGUCCCCUAGACUUGUUGGCAAUUUGGGUUCAUAGCUCUAGAAACAAUGAUGAUAUUGAUGUGUGGUGUGAAUGGUGGGACAUUGGUAUAAUACAAGUAAUUGUUGGUUACAUUCUGUUUAGUCAUGCUACCUAGUGCAAUAUGUUGAUUGGGUCCCUCAAUGAUGUACUGAUGUGUAUUUGAGUGUGUGUGUGUGAAAAAGAGAGAGAAAGGGCCUUAUGCAAUAUAAAUUUGCUUUAAUGAUUUAACUGGUGAUUGGUUACCACCUUGAUACAAUAAUAUAGUGCAUAUAAUGCUGUGAAUGCAGGUCAGUUCCUUACUGCAACCCAACAAGCCAAAGGGAAACGCCGCAUCAAAUGACUGCCCCCGACAUAAGGACAGUAUGGCAAGGGGAUGGAAAGUACCCCUCAAUCUAGUGUAAAUUUUCUGGUUAAGCAGGGUUUUACUCUAAGUUUCCCAGCCCUUGCUGUCUUGGCUUUAGAGUCCCAACUCCUCUGUAUAAGAGGAUCACCCAUUGUUCUAGUUCACUCAAGUUAGGAAUGCACUAGUUAGCAUUCUGAUAGUAAUAUGGGGUACUUUGCGUGCAUUUCAACCACUACCUACUAUUUUUAUGAAUUUUUGUACAUUUUUCUAAUUUUUGUAUGAUGUACUACCCUGGGCGGCGGGAAGUGGCUUGGAGGCAAAGCUUGCUCGCUGCUUGGGAUUCAUGUUGUUACCUGCCCUCUUGCUCAUGGUUUGGAUGCACCAUCCCUAGCCACUUCCUGAAGCCCAGCAUUGCUUAUUUGUACCAGGGGAGUUAUUCCUAGUUAUAUUUGUUGGAUAUCAAAACUUUUUAUGUUUUAUAAAAUAAUUAUAAAAAAUGUGAACUGUGUUUAUUUGAUAAAUAUUGGUGUUAAUUAUUCAUGGCAAACAGAGUUUUCAUAUUGUAUUCCUGUCAUCCAAUUUAUCCUUCCUCAUAUGUCCUUACUAACAUCUAUGUUUCUUCUUUUCUACUUUAUCUCUACUAGUUGCUUUGAUCUUUGGAAAAAUUCCUAUGUGAUAAUCAAUCUGUUUGAUCUACAGUUCUGCCUGAAAACAUGGCUCUUGUACUAACUACUUAACAAUAUUCUUUUCUGAUGUAAUUUUUGGUAGUUUAAUAAAGCAGGUGAUAUUUAAAACUAA